GUCAAGGUAAGUGUUUGUGUUUAUAGUAGGUUUAUGUAUUUUUUACGAAAAAUUGAUUUCUCUCAUAAACAAAAGAGUUUUUAGUUUGUAUCGAAAAUGAGACACCAUGCACUUAGGCAUAAAAAAUAUUUCUAUGCAUGUUGAUGAUUUUCGCGUUUUUGUUUUUAUUUACGCUUCUUUGAACUUUACAAAUUUGUUGCAGAACUACAAGAAAGAAAUUGAAAGACGAUGAUAUAGAAAAUAUGCUAAUGCGGUUAGAGGCUGGCGAAAUUUCAGAAGACGAUGCCGAAUCAGAUGAGGAUGACUUGGAUUUCUAUCCGUCUCGCAAAGAUCUACAAGCCGUACUCGAAGAUAAAGAAGUAAGUGAUGAAGAGGAAGUGCCUGAAACUGAAGAAUGCCCGGAUCCUCCCCUGGUUCAUGAAGAAAUCUAUCAACAAGCUUCGACUUCUCGGUCUAAUGUAUUUCCGCAAAUAAAUACACGAAAUUUGAUUUGGAAAAAACGCUCUUUGGAGUAUAAAGAGGAAUCAAUUGCUUUCUUGGGUAGUACAGAAUUAGGACCUGAACUAAUGAAACUAGAAACCCCACUGCAGUUCUUUUCACAGUACUUUUCAGAAGACUUGUUGAAAAAAAUUGUUGAAGAAACCAAUAAAUAUUCGACGCAGACCAAUAUUGAUCGCCCCGUUCAAAUAAGCCUUACAGAACUUCGAAAAUAUUUGGGAAUAUUGAUAUUCAUGUCUGUCUAUCGCUACCCAAGCGUUAGAUCGUAUUGGAGCAGUAAAUUUGGAUUUAGACCAAUAAUAGAAGCAAUGCCUGUCAACAAAUUUGAAAAAGUAAGAAGCAUAUUACAUUUCAAUGAUAAUAAUUUACACAAACCAGUUGGUAGCCCCGACCAUGAUAAACUUCACAAACUAAGACCCAUUAUAGAUCAUCUGACAAUGAAAUUUUCUAGUGUUCCAAUGGAACAACGCCUUUCAGUUGACGAACAAAUGUGCGCAACAAAAAUCAGCCAUUUCUUGAAACAAUAUUUACCCAAUAAACCCCACAAGUGGGGGUUCAAGCUUUUUGCGUUGUGUUCCUUGGCAGGAUAUUGCUAUGAUUUCAUAAUAUAUAGUGGAACAGACAAAGAACCAAUGCGUAGUAAUGAACCUGAUAUUGGAGUGACCGGUAAUACAGUAAUAAAGUUAACUAGAAGAGUCCCAAGAAUGAUGAACCAUGUAAUAUACUUCGAUAACUAUUACACUUCAUUACCACUAAUGUAUUACAUGGCGAAGGAAGGCAUAUGGUGCUUAGGUACGGUGCAGCUAAACCGUCUAGGAAAGUCUUGUAAGUUGCCUAAAAAGAAAGAAGUAAUGAACAGUAAUGUACCCCGAGGAUCCUACGUUGAAAACACGACAAGUCUCGAUGGUGUGGAUUUUUCUGCGAUCAGUUGGAAAGAUAACAAGCAGGUGACCUUACUUUCCACUUAUAUUGGCGCUGAACCUGUAGAAACGAUUGAAAGAUAUGACAAAAACCAAAAGAAAAAGGUGCCCAUACCAUGUCCAAAAAUAAUAAAGGAAUACAACGCACACAUGGGUGGAGUAGACCUCAUGGACUCUUUCCUAGGCAGGUAUCACAUAAAAGUAAAGUCUCGGAAAUGGUACAUGCGAAUUUUUUACCACUUACUCGACCUAUCAGUAAUUAACUCCUGGAUAUUAUAUAAGAAAGUCUCUGCUAAAAAGAAUUUGAACCCUAAGCAGGUUUUGAAUCUGGCAGAGUUUAGAGCUGAAUUGGCGGAUGCUCUCUGCAAAUAUGGCGAACAUGUUGUACCUUCACGAGGUCGACCAAGCCGAAACUUUUCGGAGGAGCCAGCACCUAAAAGGAAAAACAUCCAGCAGGUAAUGCCCUCGAGAGAUGUUCGGUACGAUGGAGUGGAUCAUAUUCAAUCGAGGCAACAAAAUCGUAUGAGGUGCAUGAACCCAGGCUGCAAACUGCUGAGUAGUAUUAUGUGUCUAAAAUGUAAGGUGUAUUUGUGUUCUAACAAAAAAACAACUGACUGUUUUAAUGAUUUUCAUCUAUAGGACAUAUUUUUGUGAUCAUUUGGUUGCACAUUAGUGCUUUGCAAUAAUUAACAAUAAGUCAAUUAACGGAAGUAGUACACAAUAGAACUGAGAAUAAAAUUGUAGUUUUUUGCAUGUUGUAUCAAAAAUGAUACCAGAAUAUUUUUCAAAAUAAAACUAAUUAUAUUG